GUGAGCGUUACGACAGACUCCGCCGUAAGAUAGUGGGCAACUUCCGACUGCGAGAAGCGCAACCCAACGCCGAGUAUCAGUCGACAUAUAAACCAAAUACGCGCACACUGGGUUCGCGUUCGUGACAAAUAUCAGUCCACAGGUACUGUAAACACUUGCUUUUCAUCAUUUCUGGGUGGAUUAACAAAGAAUUGUCGCCUUAGCGGAAGCGCACUGCCAACCACCGACUCGUGGUUGUUGUUUAUGAAUACAUCUACCAAAGAGCAGCAGGAAGACAUGUACGGAAUGGCAGGAAUGCCCGAUCUUCUACCACCGGCAGGUGCACUACAGCCUAGUCCUGUGAUUCCCUACGACCACGGACAAGCGGAGAGAAACGCCGCCCCACGCAGAACGCAGAGAGCCCCAAAACUCGGACAGAUCGGCCGGUCAACGAGAGUGGUUAUUGAUGAUGAGGAUCUGGAUGACAUAAUAAACAAUAACAGAAGUUUCCCAGCAUCACAGAGAGUGUCACCUGUUGCCUAAUUCAUGACAGACUG